AACAACUGUACUGACCGAAAUCUCGUUCACUGUAACACGGCUAAAUCAAAACAUGCGAUUAAUCUUCAGGCACACGAACCAGCCUCUUCUACUUUCAUCUCUGAGUUAAUAUUAUGACGGAUAAACGUUUUAAACUGGCGUGAGUUAAUCUUGAAUUUCUUGUUUGCGAAGACAGUAAAAUGGCGGUGUUCUGCGACCGAAUUGGUCACGUCAUAGUUGGAACAGACGGGUCCUCGACUGGCCUGAUCUCCAACGUGUUGGGGGAACUGUCUGACCAGGGCCGUCUGCUCACCCUCAACCUCCAGACAGUCAGCGUCAGGAACGUUCAGAGCGCCACGACCUUUGGUAACUCCUUCGCCAACUUCCACGACUUUUCCAAGACUCUGAGUACGGUUCUGCGGAUGGCAAUGCUGCGCUGCACCAACGUCCCUCAGUACAUAUGGGAGACCCAGCUCACGGCCAAAGCAGCCGACAGGAACAUCGCGAGGUUCCAUUACUACUCCAAAUGGAUAGAUCGUCGAGACUUCAAGCUGGCCGAGUUGAAAGAGGACGCUAGAUAUUACUGGAGUCGAUUUGACCAGCUGUUCCCGCCGUCGAGGAUAGAGGAUAAGAUGAGAGGAGCCGGCGUGGGCGAAAGUCGCAUGCUCUCAGGCACCAUUCUCUUGAUAGCCAGGGACUUUGAAGGCGUCGUCCAGAUCUCGGUGUACGCUGAUAUUACCAAGCGAGAUUGGAGAGGGACAGCCUUCGACACGGUCGUUAAGGUGAUGGUUCUGCAUUACGACGUUCUGCCGUUGAUAGACGGCCCGUGGAUGACCCAUCUGAAGAAGCUGCUACACAACGGCGCGUCGUUCAAGAAGCACGUGGCGUGGUACAUGAGCGGGAUGCCGCUACAGGAGAAAGCGCUCACCUUCCGGGACUGGGAAUACGUCACGUGGUCACACCGACAGCAGAUGAAGGACUGGAUUAGACAGCGUCUGCGGCUUGCGUGGAAGUGACGUCACGGUGUAGUGUCAUUAACACAUUGCUAGUGUAUGGACAAAUGAAACAGACAGUUGUACAUUACAAUCAAUUCCACUAUAUUUUACUCUUAGGAACAGUAUUCCAAUGCCUCCGUUGUUUUGUUAUUUUCUAAAUAAACUGAAUUGAGUGGGAGCUUAUUUCACAAUCCAGUAUCUGGUUGACUGAAUUAUUAAAAAUAUUACAGAGUGUCCAACAAUUA